CAAACACUGCAACAAUUCCGCGUCAACGAACUGCACGUUCUUUUAUCGACAUUCCGUUGUCCGAAAUUAGGCAAGAAGCACGAAUUGAUACAGCGUUGCAUUGGAUUACUGCAAAAUUCACGAAAUCAAGGUGCAGUAAUGCAAAAAAUUCAUGAAAUAAACGCAAGCCGUCGUUAUCAUGCGUUGAGUACGCAAUCGUCAACGAAUUCGAACUCAAGCACUAGUUCUGGUGGUCAGUCGUAUCAAAUGGAUGCUGGCAGUUCGCUGAGCGGUGCGGCAGCAGCCGCAGCAGCAGCAGCUCAGGCUGCAGUAGCAGCUCAGGCAGCAGCAGCUCAUCAAUCACUGUACACACCGCAAGCGAUUCAGCCAAACAUGAUUCAACGACAACCACAUCACUUCAUGCCUUCCGCACAACCACCGCAUUCAUUCACGUCGCAUUCAUUGUUCAAUCGAGCUCGUUCCUUACGAAUUGUGAAAUUACCAUUCUAUGAUAAGACGAAGACGUUACUUGAGUUAUCAGAACUACCAGCGUCCUCAUCGACAAUUCGUCAAACAUUACGAAGUGCUUUCAAAUUUAUUGUUCCUUCAGACGUUUUACGGCUUCUUAAUUAUAGAAAUGAGCCAGCCGUUCUGCCUCGUGUUGAGGUUCAGAUGCGAUUCUUUUUGUUGGAUCCUUCUAAGGAACAAGCCGAUGAUUUUCCACCAAAUUGUGAGGUGAAGAUCGACAAUACAGGUGUUCCUCUACCGAAUGUUAUACCAACCAAUAAACCAAAUGUUGAACCGAAACGUCCCAGUCGUCCGGUGAAUAUCACCCCGUUUGUACAGUAUCAUCGCGAAGUAGACAAAGAGCAUAAGGUACUUAUUGAAUGGUCAGCAGAUCGACGUGCUUGGGCAGUGGGAAUUUUUGUGGUGAAUCGAUUAACAUCUGAGAUCUUGUUGAAACGUCUAGUAUCAAAUGUGCAUGCAAGACGUGAUUUAUUCGUUACGAAGCGAGCAAUCAGCGAAAAAUUACGUGAUGAUGAUGAAGACGAUGGUGUGCAAAUGGAAAGUAUCAAAUUCACUCUACUUUGUCCGUUGGGUCGUACUCGGAUGGUCACGCCAGUGAAAGGAUACGAUUGUGAACAUUUGCAAUGUUUCGAUCUAAUGCUCUAUCUGAAAAUGAAUGAAAAACGCCCAACAUGGAAGUGCGCCAUUUGCGACAAAUCAGUUACAUACGAGAAUCUUAUCAUUGACGGGUAUUUUGAGCAGGUACUGAAGAAAGCCAGUCGAAAUGUCACUGAGGUGGAGUUGUUAGCGGAUGGUGAAUGGCGCCCGGUUGUGGAACAACGAGAUGAAUCAUUGUCGGACGGUGCCGAUGACGAGAUACCGUCGAAGAAGUUGCGUUCAUUCGCCGCAUGUCCACUCAACAGCCAUCAUCGUAUCUCUUCUGCGCCUUCAAUCACCGCUCAGUGCAAUAGUAACAGUAAUGCUGCUGGCAUGUGUGCAUCAUCAUCUGCUGCAGCUUUUGACGAUGAUGUGAUUGUUCUCGGAGAUAGUGAUGAUGAGGUGGAGGAAGUGGUCAGUGCAAGUGCAUCAACAGCAGCGCUGACGAACCUUCGUUUGAAUGGUGCGGUGAUAAAUAAUAAUAGCAGCAGUAGCAGCGGCAGCAUGAAUAACACAAGAGGCUUGCCGACAUAUCAUCAACAGCAACAUUCCACUUCGUCUUCUUCAUCGGUUAUGUUCCCUUCAGCUGAUAGUCGAUCGAAUUCGGUAUCGAAUCAAUCAAUUAUUUGUAUCGAUCUCGACGAUAGUGACCCCACCGAAGCGGCUGCACAGAUGCGAUCUGAAUCGCAAUCUUCGUCACAGUCGUUGUCAAAGUCCCAUAACGCAAUAACAACAUCUCGAUCACUCCACUCGCCACCAAUCACCAACAGUAACAAUCAGUAUUUUUCACUCAUUUCACAACAGCAAAUCAAUGUGUCAACAGCAGCAGCAGCAGCAGCAUGUGUAUCGUCAGCUACUGCAGUUUCAAGCAAUCAAACCCCGCCGUCCUCAGCACAGUUCUUUCCAUUCUAUUCGCCUCCCCCGCCGCCACCUCCCACUCUUCCCAGCAGUGCUGCUGCUGGUAUCCCCUUCAUUCAUGGCUUGGAUACGACCUACCCAGUCUUCCAAGAUCCAUAUAAUCCAAUUAUUGCCGAACAGCUACGCAAUUUCAUGGCAAGUAUUCACCAAACAGCUGGUUCAUCUCGUCGAUACAACUGA